UUCUUAACUAAAAAAAAGAAAAAAAUGAUACAGUAAGGGCUUCGAAAGGAUCAGGAUUUUUUUCACUUUAAAUGAAUAAAUAUGAAAAUAUCAGGCUCUUUGGCCCUGUUUUGGGGAGGCAGGGCAGAGGACUGCCGCACCCAGGGAGAUCCACAAAGCUUCUGUCCAGCCCUGCUCCUCCCAGCUCAGCCAGGGCCCUUGCUCUUCCCUAUUCUCACCAGAGAGGCACAAGUGCUCCAUCCCUUCCAGCGGCAGGCGGAGAGAAGAGAAAGGGUCUGUUGUUUUUCUCUCCUUGUUUCUCUCCCUCACUGCUGAUCACCAAGCUGCUGACCAGGUCAGAAAGCCCGAAUGGAAAUCCGCCAGUGCCGGGCAGGCUCCUCCUCCUUCGGGAAGCUUGUCCUUGACUGAUUUUUCUUUGUCCCGAUGGGGGAAAAAAGAGAGAGAAAGAACAAAAAAGAAAAACCACAAACUUCCUUUGAAAACCAGCGCUUGUAGACGGGGCCUGGAGCGCGCGCCCUAGACUCGGCGACUCAGAUCCUGAAGACGCUCUGAGCGAUCUGGGCGCACCUGGGCUGCACCCCUGCCUGGCUGCACCCUUCUCCAGGGCCCCCCGGUCGUGGGCGUGAGCCCGGAAGUAGCCACGAGCCAGCCGGGACCGCCGCUCGUAAACCUGGGUAAACCUGUGUAGACUCUGGCGUUGACAGCUGGGAGGCAGCCGGGACUGGCGGCGCCCCUCUCAGCCCUCCUCCCUCACCGCAGUCCCGGAGUGGAACCCUCCUUCUAAGUCCUGGAACAGCCCCCACUUCUUUAAGGAAAGCUGACGCUACCCAAUGUCUUCAAUCCCACCAGAGUUAUCCCUUCCAAACCUUCGAGUCCUGUACCCUCUUUGGUCCCAUCUGGUCACAGCAAGUUAGAGGUGACAGCUCGACCUGGGGCCCUUCUAUUUAACCGAAAACUGUACUGCCCAUAGCCUGGAGUGGCUGAACUGACGCUCACCAAGCCUUCCGCACUACAUUCCUUUUCCAAGAUUUUUCUGGGUCUAUUUACUUUUCAACCCAAUGAUUUCCUUAUUGGAUCCGUCUCCCUUUUGCAUAUCAAGCUUAGAGUAAGGCCCGUCUCUGAGCACAGUAAAGCCCUUUGGCACCCCUCAGUCGACCCUUCCUGGCCAUGGAACACCAUCAACCUGAGCAUCCAGCCCCUGGUGAGGCCAGGACUGCAGAAGCAGUCAGCCCUGAAAACCACAAGGUCUUGUCAGAACCCAGAGAGCACCCUCAGGCCAAGGAUGCCGAAGAGGCGGAUGGGGCAGAUGUAGAACAGGAGCCGGUAGAGCAAGCUUCACUGCCAGCCCAAGGCCAGGAUAACUUCGAGUCCCCUCCACCAGAUGCUAGCUCAAGCCAACCAGGGCCGUCCCAGGAGACUCAACCUGAGGUAGAGACAGUGGGGGCCUGCUCCAGGCUCCAGGAGCUUCCCCAGUCCCCCAGGGCCCGACAGCCUGAGCUAGACUUCUACUGUGUCAAGUGGAUCCCCUGGAAAGGAGAACAAACACCUGUCAUUACCCAGAGCACCAACGGCCCUUGCCCUCUCAUCGCUAUCAUGAACAUCCUUUUUCUUCAGUGGAAGGUAAAGCUGCCACCUCAGAAGGAAGUGAUCACGUCAGACGAGCUCAUGGCCCAUCUUGGAGACUGCCUUCUGUCCAUCAAACCUCAGGAAAAGUCAGAGGGACUUCAGCUUAAUUUUCAGCAGAAUGUGGACGAUGCAAUGACAGUGCUGCCUAAGCUGGCCACAGGUCUGGAUGUCAAUGUGCGGUUCACAGGAGUCUCUGAUUUUGAGUAUACACCUGAGUGCAGUGUCUUUGACCUACUCGGCAUACCUCUGUACCAUGGCUGGCUUGUUGAUCCACAGAGUCCUGAGGCUGUGAGUGCAGUCGGGAAGCUGAGUUACAACCAGCUGGUAGAGAAGAUCAUCACCUGCAAGCACUCCAGUGACACCAACCUGGUGACAGAAGGCCUGAUUGCAGAGCAGUUCCUGGAGACCACUGCCGCACAGCUGACCUACCACGGUCUCUGUGAACUAACAACAGCUGCCAAGGAGGGCGAACUGAGCGUCUUUUUCCGGAACAACCACUUCAGCACUAUGACUAAGCAUAAGGGUCACUUGUACCUUCUGGUCACUGACCAGGGCUUUCUGCAGGAGGAGCAAGUGGUGUGGGAGAGCCUGCACAAUGUCGACGGAGACAGCUGUUUCUGUGACUCUGACUUUCACCUCAGUCACUCCCCGGGCAAGGGACCCGGAUCGGAAGGUGGGAGUGGCUCCCCGGAAAAGCAGCGGCAGGUGGACCAGGACUACCUGAUCGCCUUGUCCCUGCAGCAGCAGCAGCCCCCGUCCCAGGGCACGUCAGGUCUGAGCGACUUGGAACUGGCCCAGCAGCUUCAGCAAGAGGAGUACCAGCAGCACCCAGCGGCCCAGGCUGCCCCUGCCCGGGCCCCAUCGCCGCAGGGGAGAGGAGCCGCGUCUGGACGCCCAGCUGCUGAGCGUCGGCAAAGGCCGAAGCAAGAGUCCGACUGUGUCCUCCUGUAGCCCUGCUUGGGCCCGGCUGCCUUGCCUCCCCUUUCAGAGAGUUUCCUCAAGCACCUGACUUCUGAGACCCUUCCCAGAAUUGCCUGAAACCCACAUUUAUGGCAACCCUACAGAUCAUAAACUCCUGGAAGAAACAAAUGAUGAAGGGAAUAUAGGAUGCUGUAUUUUAUUUGGACUCAUUACCUAAUUGUCAGUGGGCCUGAUGGCUCCUUUUUUUUUACACUUUUAAUUUAAUCUGAUGAGUUUUUUUGCUGCACAGCUUGUGGGGUUCCAUUUCCCGACCAGGGAUCAGCAGUCAGAGCGCGGAGUCCUAACCACCGGGCUGCCAGGGAAUUCCCCGAUGGCUACUGUUUUGAAUGGCACGUACCGUUGGUUUUGUAUUGUGGUGAAGAUUGCUGAAUGCUUCCCAGUAUCCCUUCUUCCCUUCUUGCAACUCUUGUACUCCACAGUUGUAGAACUGGGGUAAGAGUUGCUCACUAAGUGAAUAUUCCCAGGAUGUAAAGUGGCUCUCUACAUUAAACCUGUAUCAAACAUCA